AUGGCCAACAAGCUGGUUUCGGACAUGCGGCUGCCUCCCCACCUCGCCCACCUCCUCGCCGCGCGCCGCCUCACCACCGCCAAGGACGUGCUGUCGCUGCCGGAGGUGGAGCUCAUGACCCUGCUCGACGCCGGCAUCCUCACCGCCCGCGCCGCCGUCUCCCACGUCAGCGAGUUCGCCUGCCCACCCUGCCAAACGGCGCUCACGCUCCUGGAGGAGCGGGUCAGGCUGGGAGGCGGCGGCCGGCUGGCCACCACGCUCUGCGGGCUGGAUGAGGCGCUGGGCGGAGGUAUCCCCCUGGGGAAGCUCACCGAGGUAGUCGGGCCCUCGGGGAUCGGCAAGACGCAGCUUUGCCUGAAGCUUGCACUGUUGGCAACAUUACCAGAAUGCUACGGGGGCUUAAACGGCCGAGUUGUGUAUAUUGACACUGAAUCCAAGUUCUCUUCGCGGAGGAUGAUUGAGAUAGGCCAGAAAAGCUUUCCUCAAGUAUUCAGGCAAGAAGGCUUGGCACAAAAGAUGGCUGGCAGGAUCCUAGUGAUGCGACCAACAUCAUUAUCUGAUUUCACAAAAAGUUUGGAGCAGAUGAAGGUCACUCUACUCCAGAACGAUGUCAAGUUACUUAUUGUUGACAGCGUGGCUGCUCUCACGUCCUCGGAGAACGAAAGAGGUACAACAGGUUUCGCGCAACACCCUCUGAGAUGGGCUCUUUCAUUUCUUAAGUCUAUAGCAGAGUUUGCAAGAAUUCCAGUCGUAGUUACAAACCAAGUCCGCAGCCAAAGUAACGAUGAUGGUUAUCAUUACUCGUUUGAAGUAAAAAAGUUGGGUGAUGGCAAUGGUGCUGAAAGAAUUGAAUCUCAUCUUGUUGCUGCUCUAGGAAUCCAGUGGGCUCACGCUGUAACUAUCCGUCUAGUCUUCGAAUCCCACUCAGGUCACAGGUUCAUCAAGGUGGCGAAAUCUCCCAUGUCUCCAGCAGUAGCAUUUCCUUUCAUUGUGGAAUCAUCUGGCAUUACAUUGCUAACUGAUGAAGGCAUUGAUGUGUCAGGUCCUGAGAUAACCUCUAUCCGCUGUCAAGGGCAAAAUCUGCUGGGUCUGGGAGAAUGACCAUUUGAAUGCUCUGCAGUUGCAGCAACAUGGACAAUCC